AUGCACCACAUGGAGGUGCCUGAUAGUUCAUUGAUACUGUUAGACCGUUUGAAGUUACGAUCACCUAUGUGGGAAUAUGCCAGACAUAGAGGAAAGCAAACGGAACAAACUUCCCAGAAUUCAACAUCGUCUUCAUCGUCUGAAUCAACGGGACUCGGCCCUUGUUCCUGUGCUAUGGGUGUUUGCAAAUGUUGUACGGGCUAUGUUCUGGACUUAUUCAAUCAAAAAGCUUGUAUGAAGGUCACGUAUACGCCGGGAGACUUUGCUUUUGAUGUCGCCAUGUCGCUCAAUGAUAGGAUCCUUUACGAAAAUUCCAUGUCAGGUAAAAACCCUCAGCCGAUAUGUAUAAGUCCGCCAAGGCUACCGAACUUGAAAGUGUGUGCGAAAUUUUAUGAUGUUUACUUCCCAGGAAGAAACUUUCACUUUUGCUUGUCAAUGAAUGGAGUUUGGCGAUCAUUCCCGUUAUUUAAUAUGGCAUUUGACUGUUUAAGGAUGGGAUCUAACGGAAUAGCCAUGGUGAAACCUGGCGAGAGCGAUGGUCUCGUCGUGGUGAACCCACAAGGCGGUUAUGAUGCAGUUAUUGAUGCUGGAGAAGACGACGUUGAAGAUUACGACGAGAACGUUGUUAAAUCGCUAUUAGAUUUGUUCGACAGAUAA